AUGGAGUCCCUCACUCUCGGCGCUGCCAUGAUGGUUGUUCCAGAGGUGAGACGGCAGACACGGCCGCAGCUUCAGGCUUUGAAUGUAGAGAAGAAGGAACAGCGGUUUCCACGGCGUGAUGACACCCACGGUCCGACCAUAGCCACUUGGAGAAGCAAUCUGGCGGCUCUUUCGCAGCGCCGGAAUCUACUUUUCGUAGCAUAUGGCUGUGAUAUCUACGUAUGGAUACCGACUGGCCCCGGGCAGCUAUUGGGGGCGCAAGCCGAGAUGGUCAUCACUCCUGUGAUGAAAGAGCCCCGAGCCAGCGGGUACAUCGAUCCUUCGAAGCCCCAUACAAUCAAUAACAUUCUCGUGGACGAUUUGGGUCUCGAUGAAGUUCUGCUCCUGGCGACAGACUCGGGCAAUGUGUGUGGCUACCAGGUUGAAGCGAUCUUCUCGGCAAUCAAUCGCUGCGCGAAGAACAACUACACGCGUCCCUACGACGGUGCCGAAGCCAGCCCGUUUUUCGUCGAGCACGUUGGCAGAAGUGCUUGGGGCUUGGCUACUCAUAAAUUUGCGCGGCUGAUUGCCGUGAGCUCCAACACGGGUCUGAUAACCGUCUUUGCAUUCGCGCUUGUGGAUCCCACUUCCGGAGACGACGAGCGUAGCCCACACCAGGAUUUGGAAUUGGAUGAGCAAGAGCAGACCUGGGUCCUCAUUCAGACCCAUAAGCAGCUGCGACAGCUGCAGAAGCUCAUGCCCAACCACCGGUCUCGCAAUCUCCGACUCACCUACAGCGGCCACCAUGAUAACAUCCCCUGCAUAUCCUUUGCGAAUUUUGAUCUCGACCCCAAUGGCAUGUGGAUGGUCAGCACCGAUAUCAGCAACAGGGUCCUUGUGUGGAGAAUCUGGGAUGAGAUCGGACCAAUCCAAUGGUAUUAUCCCGGAGAUCCCUUGAACGAGCCCCGGCAAAUGGGCUGGUCGGUGCUACCUCUCGACCCACGAACGUUUCGAUGGCAUCAUUCUGCAGAAGAGGCUUGUGGUUGUGAGCCAGAGCAGUUGGGGAUGGAGGGCCGUAUCGUGCUGGAUGUACACAAGGCGCUUCGCGGAAUCCCGGAUUCCUCGCAGAUGUUUCUGUUCGGCGUCUCCAAAGAGAAACACGACCUGCCAGAGCUCUUGCCGGAUGAUCUGUUGUCUGCUGAUUGCUGCGUGAAUGACAACCGUCGACCGUGCUUGUCAGACGAGGACCUUCCAUCUUCGCCGUCUUCGAGCCAGGUCGAAGAUGAAUCGUCGUUUCAUGCGUCCAGGACAUGGCCCGAAGAUGACCAGAGCGAUUUUCGCCGCGUGGCCCGCGUAGAGCAGCCCUUUACCGACAUAUUCCCAGAAGACAACGACCACUUGAGAGUGCCACCGUUUCUCAAUGUCGAUCCAUCGUCCGAUCAGAAUACUAACGUCAUGCACGACAUGGACCUGCUAGGACUCCAUGCCAUCCAUCCCCACGAUCCAGACUUCUUCCCCGUCAUGCACUUCUCCCAACACCACAUCAGCCUAGCACCCUACCCUAUCAGCGCAGACUUCCAGAUGGUCUGCCAAGCACCGCUCUCCCAACGCACCUUCAAUAUGGGCAUCAGCCAUGCAUGCGACCGCUUCAAUAUGAUCAAGUACAUCCCUGAUCUCGGCCUCGUCCUGGCCACCUCCCAAAAGGGGCGCGUCGCCAUCAUCUCGCUCACCUGGCAGGAGAAAAUCGGGUAUGCCUUUCGCGUGGAUUGGAUUGUUCCCUUUGCUACCCAGGAACGCGAUGAUGAGCGUCCUAUGCUGCCGCUGCUUGGUAUGGCGGCUAGUCCCAUGCCGGGAUUUGAGGUCCCACCUGAUGUGCCCAUUAUUCCGAGGGAUGUUGAUCCUACGGAUGGAUUGAGAUUCAAUUACCGCAUUCUCAAUCCAGGAGACGACGCAGAAGCAGAAGCAGAGGGAGAUCAGUCUCUUUCCUCCUCCCCUGAGCCACCAUCCUCAUUCACCUCUUCAAACCCCUCUCCCGCUCCUCAACCCCGACAGCCCUCUAUAUCAAACACACGACGACCUACUUCAUCUCCUGCCGAGGACACCGGCUCAGACGCAGUCUCUUCUUCAUCGGGCAACUCAAUCUCAGACUCCGAUUCCCCUCCGCCAGAUCUACACCACAGCCAAAUCAAUAUCAAACCUACUCUCCCGGAACUCCACGCCAAAGCCUCGCAGGCUUAUCAUCCGCGGGAACGCUGGCAUGGCUGGCACCCUUCCCGGCACUACAGACUCCUUUUGCUAUUCUGUGACCAUACCGUCAUGAGUUAUGAAUUCUGGCAUGACUGGAAUAGUUAG